AUGCAUCCAGCAAAAGCAAACAAGAUUGACCUGAGUCAACUUAGUGACGAGGAACGUAAACUCUUCCAAAUGUACGGCAAGUUGCCAGACCGUAAAGAUCUUUUGGGACAUAAGCUCAAGGAGCGCAAGUAUUUUGACUCGGGAGACUAUGCAUUGUCCAAGGCGGGUAAAGAGCCUGAAGUUGAGAUUGGAUCAGAGCACCCAUCGCCCGACACCAUCCCACACUCAAACCCUAACGCUGGUUCAAGCUCUAGUCCAGUUAAGGAGAGCCCUCUUGUUCCAGAUGCUGCGGAUCAAAAGGACACCGGCAAUAAGGAACCUACUGUGACAGCCAGACCUACUCAAGAUACCAUUACUCAAUGA